AUGAGAAAAAUAGAUUCAAUAAAGUAAGAAUAAAAGAGUAAAGCAGAAGCAAUCUUAGUAAGCCUGCAAUAAGAAGUUGAGGUAAAAUAAUAAUUUAAUUAAUAUAAUAGGGAUCAUUCAACAGAAUUGAUGCAUAACUUGAUCAACUCUUCAAUGAUGAACGUAGUUUGAUCAACAUUUAACCAUCUGAAGUAUCAUCAGAUGUACCAAAAUUUACUUCUAUUAUUUUACCUCAAUUUAAAAAUAACGAUUUCUCAUAAUAAAUCAUUUCACAAAUGACCCCUUUAAUCAAAACUAAUAUUUAAACUCAACUAAAAAACAACGAACAACUAAAUCUAAAACCAUUUACUUAUUAAUUAAUAUAAUAGAACUCAAAAAAAUAGACUGAAUCUUGUAAUGCAAUUGCUGUUAAUAAGGAUUGUUCAAUAUUGGUUGCUGGAUAUGGAAGAUCAAUUAAAGUGUUUGAAUUUAAAUAAGGAAACUUGAAAAACGUUUCCCUUUUAUAGGAACAUCAUGAUUAUAUUUAUACUUUGAAUUUCAUGAAGAGAUAGGAUUAGUUUAUAUCUGGGAGUGGUGAUAAAUAGAUAAUUAUUUGGGGAAGAAAUGAAAAUAAUACAUGGAUUUGUUAAUACAAAUUGACUGGACAUUAAAAGUAUAUCUAUUGUUUAAUUAUAAAUGAUAAUGAAGAUCUUAUUGUAUCUGGUGGCUGUGAUAAUAGAAUUAAAUUUUGGUAGAAGUAGAAUCAAUGGUUGUGUGCAUAGACAAUCGCUGAUCAUAAUGAUUUUGUAUAUGCAUUAAGUUUAAAUGAAUCAUAAGAUAAAUUAAUUUCUUGUGGAAAUGAUAAUUUGAUAUUGGUAAUGGAACAAUCAGAAUAGUAUAAAUAAUGGAUUGUUAUAUAAAAGAUUACAGUUGAAAUAGGUGGAGUUCGAUUAUGCUUUAUAGAUAACAAUUAAUUCACAUUCUAGCCUUGGUAGAAAGAGCACAUGGAUAUUUAUGAGAUGAGUAGUUCGAAUAAAUAGUUUACCAAGACAAAGGAUAUUCCUGUAAAAGGUGGUUAAGAUUGCUGUUUGUUUCCUUAAUAAUAUAUAAAAUCAAAAUGUAUUCUUGUAAAUAAAAAUGGUUCAAAUGUGAAUUUAAUAAGAAUAAAACAAAAUGCUGAGAUUAUAAUCCAGUAAUCUAUUCAAUUACAAACUUGGGAUACAUAUGGAUAUAUGACUGAUGAUGGGUAGUAUCUGAUCACUUGGGAUACUAAUUCGAAAGAAUAUUAGAUUAGGAAAUAUUAAGAAUUAUGA